UGUUUGCACGUUGUAGAAGUUGAAAAGGUUCCUCUGUUAUGCAAGCCGCAUAUAUAUUAUGGUUACCCGGUUGAUGAGUCAUGCACUUGACGGCCGGCUGCAUGUUUUGUCCGGAUCGAACAUGCUUUAGAGCAAGUAGCAAUGCCGUCAGCCGUGGUGCCUUCCGGCUGGAUCAUCAUUUCUUUUCUUUUCUUUGCUUUUCUUUUCUUUUUUCAUUUCCUUCAUAUACGGUUUCGUUAAUGUUAGCAAUAUAUAUAGCAUCCAUCCAGAUCCAGUGGUUCUCUUAAUUUGCUAACAUGGAAGCACCUUGCGAGUAUCAGCUGGCCGUGGCGGCUGAUUACUGGGACGGGAGGCCGGCCAUGGAACCAACUGCAUGGGUUCCUGGCCUCCCUCUGCAGAUGACAGUCGCUGCUCCUAGCAACAGUGAUCUGGUUGUCAGCUCCAGCGUACGGCAGCAGCUGAAGCUGGUCGAUGAAUAUGACCACUACGCGGUUCAAGUGUUCGAGCAAGCAGCAGAAUCACUCAAGGAGAGAGUGGAUGAGAUGGAGAUGAAGAUGCACCUGUUCCCGCCGAGCAUGGGAGACCUCGCCGACCACUACGCCGCCCCCAAGGUCGUGUCCAUCGGCCCCUACCACCACGGCCGGACCCCGGCGCUCCAGGAGAUGGAGAGCGUCAAGCACGCGGCCGCAUGCCACUUCGUCAAGGCCACGGGCCGCCCCAUCCAGGAGGUGUACUGGGCGGUCUGCACCGUCGCAGAGGAGGCCCGCGGCCACUACCACGGCGGCAGGCUGCGGGGUCUCGGCGACGACGACUUCAAGCCGAUGAUGUUCCUCGACGGCUGCUUCCUGCUGCAGUACAUGCAGUUCUGGUGCAGAGAGAGCGGCGGCGACGAGGACCCGGACAUGGACCCGUCGCUGUACAAUGCUUUCAGCUCAGUCGACCGCCCCAUCCUGAGUGACGUGGUGCUGCUUGAGAACCAGCUGCCAUGGGUGGUGAUUAAGGCGCUCUUGAGCUUCUUGCCCGGGCCUGGCCUGGACAUGGAAACGCUCAUCGGACGCGUGAAACAGACUCUGCAAACCCGUCAGGUUCGUUACUUCGAUGCUCCCACACUGGACUACACACCGCCGCAUCUCCUUGGCCUCCUACGACACCACAUUGUAGGAAGCAACAAUACCAAGAAAUCCGAGCCGGAACUAUCUGAAAGAGCCAAGGAAUUGUCAAUUUCCGUGAGUGCUAUGGAGCUAGCAGAGAUCGGCAUCGAGAUCACAGCCACCAAACCUACGCCAGAAGGCGCAGAGCUAAGGAAAAUGGGCAUCGAUAGGAAGAAAUCGUGGCUCACCGGGGAGCUCUUCUUGGCGCCACUGUCCCUCAACGACGCAAACGCGACUUUCCUCGUCAACAUGGCGGCGCUGGAGCAGUGCACGACCCCAGACUUUUUCGCCCAAGACGAGGAGAAAUCUGCUGUGUGCUCCUACCUCUGCCUCCUGGGCAUGGUGACUGACAGCGAGGAGGAUGUGCAGCAGCUGAGGAAGAAGCAUAUCUUGCAAGGAGGAGCAGGGCUGAGCAACAAGGACGCGCUCGACUUGCUCAACAAGCUCGAGAACCGCCUGCGGCCCGGAACCCACUAUCUGAGCACCAUGAUCCUCAUCGAGAACUACAAGACCGAUAGGUGGAAGAGGAUCGAAUUUCACAAGUUUCAUUACAACUACCGCAAAGCCAUCUUGUUGACCAUCUCCGGCAUCGCUGGGCUUGCCAGUUUCCUCGGGACGCUCAAGUCUCUCAAGUAAGCUGCUCCUCCGAUCCUGUCCUGCGAUGACGCGCGUCAUGUUUUGUGUAUGUUCGCUUUUCUUACUAGGCUACAAUUCUUGUUCUUGUUCCAACUACUGAAAUUUAGCUAUGGUUCUAGAUAUUUCCUUUAUGUAUUUGGCACCCAUCUUGUAAAUAAUAUUUAUAGGACCCUGAUAAACGUGUGAUAUGAAGAAAGUACGUCUUGACUUUUUAACGACAACU